AGAUACACAAGUAAGUUUCAGAAUCACGCUCCUCUGGUAUCUACAAUCCACAAUGGCCGUUGAAGUUCCUGAAGAAAACCUUUUGAUUCAGAAGAUCGCUAGGGUUUUCGACGAAGCCAAAUCAUCUCGAGCAUCACACAUCCGCAAGCUCAAAGAUCUCUCAGCUCUCCGUUCAUCCAUUCAAACCGCUCAAUUCUUCUCAGCUUUCUCCAAAACCCUAACUCCUAUUUUCACUACACAGCGUCGUUUUGCUUCGGUCGAGCGGAUUGUUCAGUUCGUUGCUGUUUUCGCCUGCUUACGCGAUCCGAACCACUCCGAGGACUGCGAUGCCUUUUUCGAACAGUUUCUUCGGUUUCUUGUUGCUGGUACUGGUGCUGCUAACAGAACUGCUAGGUUUAGGGCUUGCCAGAUCAUUUCGGAGAUCAUAAUGCGAUUGCCGGACGAUGCAGAAGUCAGUGAUGAGUUAUGGGAUGAGGUGAUUGAUUGCAUUAAGGUGCGGGUGGGAGACAAGGUUCCCAUAAUCCGCACAUUUUCAGUCAGGGCUUUAUCUCGUUUCGCAAAUGAUGCAGAGAACAGUGACAUUCUUGAUUUAUUACUCGAAACAUUACCUUUAGAACAGAAUCCAGAUGUUCGUAAAACCAUACUGCUGUCUUUACCACCCUCUAACGUAACAUCCAUUGCAAUAAUUAACUGCACUCUGGAUGUGAGCGAAUCCGUGCGUAAAACAGCUUAUGCUGUUUUAGCCAGUAAAUUCCCUCUUCAGAGCCUGAGUAUUAAGCAGAGGACAAUCAUACUCCAGAGAGGACUCUCUGACCGUUCUGCAGCUGUGACCAAAGAGUGUAUUAAACUAAUGAAAGACGAGUGGCUUAUGAAGUCGUGCAACGGAGACCCAGUUGAGCUUCUCAAGUAUCUUGAUGUUGAAACAUACGAAUCCAUUGGGGUGUCCGUCAUGGAUGCGCUGUUGAAGGCUGGACUGGUAAAGUUGCAUAGUGGUUUAAGUAUCAAGCAAUUCAUAUCAUCAGAUAACAAUACAACUGAAGGGUGCUCUACUCAACUAAUGGAUGCAGAAGUUGCUUUGUAUCUGAGGACUUUAUGCAAGCAUUUACAGACAGAGGCACAGGCAAAGGGCUCUGAUGCCGCCAUGACAUCUGGCACUGAAGCUGCAGUAUACGCAUCAGAAGCGUCAGAUAGUAACGAUCUUUUGGAAAAGAUUCUUCCUGAAUCAGUUUCCGAGUAUAUCGCGUUGGUUAAAGCUCAUAUUGUUGCUGGACAAACUAAUCGGUUUACCGCUCGCCAACUUCUUCUGCUCGGGUCAAUGCUUGAUUUCUCCGACGCUUCAAAUCGUAAGGUUGCCGCAGUCUUCGUGGUAGAAUUACUAAACAGCCCUCUGCAGCACGAGGUAGAUGACGACGGGAACAAAGUAGUUAUAGGAGACGGGAUUAGUCUAGGUGGUGAACGAGAAUGGUCUGAUGCAGUGUCGGGGCUGGCUAAAAAAGUACACGCCGCUCAAGGAGAAUUCGAGCAAGUCGUUUUCUCAGUUGUUGCUGAGCUGGCACAACCUUGCAGAGAAAGAACAGCAGAUUUCUUGGAUUGGAUGCAUUGUCUUUCUGUCGUCGGUCUUCUUUUGGAACACACGAAAUCUUUACGUUGGAUGCAUGGAAACUCCAUUGAACCCGCUGAGUUACUGCACUCCUUGCUACUUCCAGGGGCCAAACAUAUCCAUUUGGAUGUUCAGAGAGCUGCUGUUCGGUGUUUAGGUCUUUUCGGACUAUUGGAACGCGUUCCGAGUGAAGAUUUAGUAAAACAGUUACGGCUUUCCUUCGUUAAGGGACCAUGUUUAGUUAGUAGCAUGGCUAGUAAAGCUUUGAUGGAUCUUGCCACGUGGCACGGGCCCCUGGAAGUUGAUAAAGCCACAAACCGGAAUCUAUCCUCACAGUUUAAAGACCAUAUGAAAACUAUCCACCCUGUUGACUGGAGUGAUACAAAUGAAGACCUGGACAUAGAAUUAAUCGAUCUGCUAUACGCAGGGUUUGGCCGAAGCGAUUUCGCUCAACCAGUUGAUGCUGAUGAGAAUGAGUCUGUUCAUGCAGUUCUCGCAGAAGGAUUUGCAAAGAUCCUACUCUUGAGUGAGAACUACCCGACAGUUUCGGUUUCAUCACAUCCCAUACGUUUGAGCAAGCUCAUCAGCCUUUAUUUCAGUAGCCGAACGUCUGAGCUACAGAGGUUAAAGCAGUGCUUGUCUGUUUUCUUUGAGCAUUAUCCAUCUCUUUCAUUGAAUCACAAGAAUUGUAUAUGUAAGGCGUUUCUUCCUGUCAUGCGUUCGAUGUGGCCGGGAAUCAAUGGUACGACAGGUGGAUCAAACGUGGUUGUGUCCAACAUGCGCAAGCGUGCAAUCCAAGCUUCUCGUUUUAUGCUGCAGAUGUUACAGGCUCCGUUAUAUCCAAAAGAGGUUGACCAAAACGAAAACAACUUGCCAGACCAGAACGACUCUGGUUAUGGAGAAGAAGGGCUUGCUAUAUGUAUUGCGGCCGAGAUCUUGAGUUUCCAGAAGAAGAAAAAUGCUGCAGAGAAAUCUUAUGUUUCAGCUAUUUGUAAAAUACUCGUAUCGCUUCGUUUUAAACAAACGGAACAAGUGGCUGUAAAGUUAAUGAGGCGGCUCAUGAGUCGUGUAGCUGAAGCCGUAUCUGCAGAUAAGGAUGCGUUAAAAGAGCUAAAACAAAUGUCAGAACAUCUUAAGGCAUCUGAUACAUCCCCAGAUGAACCAUUGCAGCCAGAGCAAGCUAAUCUUUUAUUAGGGAAGUUGGAUGUGCAAAUGGACAUCGAUGGUGAUGAGUCGUGUUUGGAAGUGGAGCCCACACCGUUGCCAAAGUCCACUAGGCCCGUGAGGGGAAGGAGACGGGCAAGGCAGGAAAAAGAAUCAUCUUCGGAUGAAGAAGACGAGACUUGUUAUAACAGCGUUGCUCCUGCGAAUCCUGUAAUGGCGAGUGUUAGAUCGCAAAGGGCGUGUAAGUCUGCUGCUUUGUCUAAAUUGCUUUCAACCACUAAACCGGAUAAGAUUGUCGACGAUGAGGAUGAAGUUGAGGAUGAUGAUGACGGUGAUGAGUCAGCAGUUACAUCUGACGACGACUCUGAAUAAUAAUAUAUUUAAGUAUGUUUUUGUUAAUGUUGUCAUCUUUGUGUUUGAGAUAGCAGAUGUAUAACUAUAAGCUGGUUGUAUAUAUGGGACAAUCAGCUAACAGUUUGAAUUUACACUUUGCAUACUCUCUUUGUGAAGUGGAAGUAUUUAGUGUUGUACCUUAAAUAUCUUUGAAUUAUUAUUGUUUUUUUGGUAGAAACCCAUUAUUUCUA